AAGGGUCAGCAAUAGUUACUUACGUAUUUCGCAGUCGUUUGGAACUUUAAACGGACGAAUAACUUUCCUUACCGAUUUGUUGAAUAUAUUUGUAAAUGUAAGAAGAAUAAAGGAGAUAUCGUGAUAUAUUUCUAUAACAUUAGACUUGUAUCAAAUGGAAUUAUUUGUAAUUAUAAAAAUGCUGCUUGUAUCAUUAUAUAUAUGUUUUCUGUCAAACGGACCUAUUGCGUUUGCCUUCCGGCGAAAGGAAGAGCCUGAAAAUGUCGUCAAAUAUUUAAUAUGUAAGGAACCCUGGUGUGAAAAGUACAGUCCUUCGGAAGUAGCAGAGAUGUUUCCAGGCGUUUUUCUCACUAAAGAGAAAUACCUUAUUCAAAAGAGCAUAUACAAUGAAACAAGGGCAAACUAUCUGCGUAAUGAAGGGGUCAAAGACGUAGACAUUAUUCUUGGCCUCGGAGGAGAUGGAGAUUCCUGCUGCGCUACGACCUACAAGGCGCAUAUAAACUCAAGCCUGACCAAUAUCGAUGGAAUAAAAAGAUCUAUCGUGCAUAUGACAAGUGUUGAACCGCCAAUGUAUCAGUUUAUACCACAUGCAUACUGUGAAACUACCUUGCAUCAAGUUAACAUGGAAGGAUUUGACUUUAGCUUUACAAGUGGGGGAUGUUUUGGAAUAUGCGUUCUGGAGAAAAUAACAUUAACACUCCUCGUUUACGACCCUGUGGCCAAAAUCAUGAUAUUUGAUCAGUUCCUGCUGCCCGGAUACUGCUCGUGUAAACGCGUUCUUCAAUAAGUACACAUAGACUUGAUUGGAGAUAUUGUUUGCCUUACGAGUCUUUAUCAGGAUUACCUGAAAUGAAGACUUUGUAUCAUAUGAAUGUAAACCUAAAUUAUGGCUUUGGGAAUUCGUUUUCAAUGUGUAUGUAGUUUAUAUCAAAUAUAGUGACUUUCUGGCGUUAUAACCAGUCAAUUUGUUUAACUGUAACUGCAAAUAAUUACUAAUGUUGUAAAAAGGCGGAAGCCCGAAUCAUUUUGUAAAUAAAAUUUGAAAGACGAUACAAAA